AUGUAUAACAAAUUAACAACCAUCAUAAUCAACAUUUCAAUUCUAUUUAUUUUAUUUUCAAUUUUUAAUGUUGGAAUUGCUACCAAUUUACAACUUUAUAAAAAGACUGGUAAUUCAUGGUAUACAGUUCUCGAGACCAGCUCCUCUUAUUUGAGCUACACCAUUCAAAUACCAAAAGGAAAUACCGAGUCUUUUCAUGUCAUCAGAAAUAGUGACUUUAUCGAAUAUAACAAUAGUCUCACCAUUGCCAGUGCUGCAGCCCCAGAGUCGUAUGAUCUAACAAUGAACGGAAAAACACAUGAAACGGCCACAGACGAUAAUCCUUUUUAUUAUUGGUGGGGAUGUGCAACAGAUGCAAUUUACUUUGAUAUCAAAAACACAAACCUUUUAACCAGUGGUGAUUUUAUUAUCAAGGUUCGAGCCUUUGGUGACAAGGUUGUACAGUGUACAUCACCUGGACCAUCAUCAUCAUCAUCUAGCAGUGGUAAUCCAAUCCCAAAUACAUCAGGUUUAACAUCUGGAACAAAAGAUUCCUCUGAAGGAGGCCUUGUUAGAAAAGACCAAUGGGAGAAAUCCCAAUCCAAUCAACUAAAAUUGUUGUGGUUAGUUUUGGUCUUUUCAACUUUUCUAUUCAGAGGGGUAUCAUACCUCUACCUCUUUGUACUUGGCUCCUUUAAAGUGAUGAUGGUCUAUUUAGAGCUUACUGUUUAUUUCAAACAACAACAACAACAACAACAACAUUACAUUCGACAAUUACAUCACAAACAAACAGAAAGCCUUAGAGACAUUCAAAAAGGUUCAACCUUUUUGCACAAACAACAAGCACAUAUGUGUGUGUAUUGCAAUAUUGGUAUUAAUACCACCACAUCACAUACAUAUAUAUGUCAAGAGAGAGUGGACAAUUUUGAUCCUAUGAAUCAAAUUGAUAACAAAGGUGGAAUACCACCAAUAAAGAUAACAUAUGAUUCCAAUUCAAUUAGUGGACAUGCAAUCAAUGGAGGUAUAAGUGGAAAGGGUAACAACAAACACCUUAAAAAGACACUUGGCAACUACAACAAUGGAGUGGAUGCAGAGAAUUCCAUCAUCGAAGACAAUGCUACGGUGCUAGAGGUUUGGUUAGAGUCGAAUCAAGCACUCUUUUCCAAUGUAUCACAGACCUCUAUCUAUGUAUCGAUCGAUUCCGACAGCAACCGUAUCUCUGCCGUUCUCAACACCAAUCCCUACACGUCAGUGACAAAGAUUAAAAAGCAUAUCGUAGUCUAUAGCAUUCUCUUGGAGGGAAUGGGAAGAAACACUCGUCAUAUUCGCACACUUCUUUUGGCACAACCUUUACCCAACUCUUCUGCUUCUUCGAGUAACAAUGGUACUCCAAACAAUGGAUCACCGCAUCUCGGUACCUCUUCACCUGUAUCAUCGUCACCUCCAACUUCCAUGUCACUAUUGACACCCAACGGAAGUACAGGGAGCAUGUCGAGUGAGACUGCCUCAUCAACAUCAUCUCUACCAUCACUCAUCAAAGAGUCACAUGAGCAACAGGCAUCGUCAUCAUCGACCACGACAACCACGUCAACCACCACAACGACGACGCAACAACCAAUUCUCCAGUUUUUCAAUAAUGUCAUCCAAAAGGUGUCUACGGCCAGUAGCAAUGGUCCAUCUGGGGGAGCAGCAACCGACAUGCAAUAUCUCCUCACCCAAUCCAUUCAAAAAGCCUUGUAUAGUUUUGUUAAUAGUAUUCAAAGUGAUAGACUCUUUUACAAUCAAGUCAUCUCUUAUAAAAAGAAUGAAGGAAUGUAUUUACCAAUGUUGUAUUUAAACAAGAAUUAUCACCAAACAGGUGUCACUCCCUCCUCUUCAUUCUCCUCUCAACUUUGUCAUUUAAAUCAAUCAAAUCUUCAACUCUCUCAACAACAACAACAACUAAAUGGUGCAGAAGUAUCAAACUCACCAUUGUUUCAACAUUUAAAUAUGGGUCACUUGACAAUUCCAACUACCUCUAUCUCUCAACAACAACAAACAAUGUCAUUAUCUUUAUCACCUAUGGUUGGAAGUCCAUCCAAUCCAACUUAUCUAGUAUCAUCAUCACCGUCAUCAUUGGCAAUGGAGGUUCCAUCAUCAUCGUCUCAUCCAGAAUCUAGUAGUAGUGAUGAAAUGAUUGUUGCUGAAUCUGUUUCAUCAGUUUGUUCUGAAUCACCUUCUGUUGUAUCAACAUCACCCUCAUCUCAUUCUAGUUAUUCAAAACCUACACUUCAACUACCAUCCAACUCUAUUCAUAAUAUCAUUCCAAACAAUCCCCUUUUUACACCUAAAAAGCUUACUCCUAUACUCUCCAAUUUAAUUACUCUUGGUGGUUCAAGAGGUACUCUAACUUCAUCAAGUAGUAGAGUUAAAAUUGAUCAACCAAAUGAUCAUGAUAAUCGUGAAAGUAAUAAUAACAGUAAUAAUAAUAAUAAUAAUAACUCAACGACGACUGCGACGACGACGACGACAACAUCGACAGCAUCAAUUACAAUCCCAACAAUAACAACAACCAACAAUAUUACCAAUACCCCUUCUACUACGACGACGACUAUUCCUACUACUCCAACUCCAUCAAUAACUGUAUCAGUUUCAGUUUCAGAAUCACCUUCUUCAUCUGAAAGUUUACCAAACUUUGUUGCUUCAUCACCUUCAUCUACUACUAAUAUACUACUAAAUAAUAAUACAUCUUCGAGCAACUUCCAAAUGGUAAAACCAAGGGCAAUUGGAAUAUCAAAAGAAUUGAUUGGAGAGAAGCCAUCAAUGUCAGUAUACCAAUUGGAUGAUAAAAAGGGAGCAGCCAUCAUUUCUUCACUCUAUGGAUGGGACUAUGAAAAAAAGGAAAGAUCUGGUGAACCAUUUGCCGAUGCUUUUUGUUUAAAUUCAAAUACUCAUCCAAGUUUAAAGGCUGCUUUAACUAUUGCCGAUGGUAGUGGUCUUGGUGCCGAUCCACAUCGUGCUGCAACAUUGGCUGUUUUAGGUGCAAAUGAAUAUAUUGAAAAAUUAGGGUCAAUUGAAAUUACAACAACCAAUGAUUUAUUAACUAUUAUUGGAAACUCUAUUUUGGAGGGUCAUAUGAGAAUUAUCGAUGACGAGUUUUAUCAUCAACAAGAGAUUCAUGUUGAACCAAAAGGUGCAACCACCAUGUGCAUUGGAUUUGUAGGACAAACAAAAGGUCCAUCAUCUAUUCAAACUUUUAAUACUUUACCUAUCAUCAAUCAUAACAAUAAUGAGCAAUCUAACAACAAAUCAACAAAACAAUCUUAUACUAGACCCUUACCUGCCAUUCCAUCAAAAUCAAAGUUAUCAUCAUCAGAACCAAUUACAAUUGAUCAAGAUAUCAAUAAUAAUAAUAAUAAUAAUGGAGCAGGUGGUAGAAGAAGUUCAAUACAAUCUAGUACAGAUAGUAUGGAUAGUAGUUUUGGAACUGGCACAACUGAUGGCAGUGGAGAUUAUAACCCUGCAGGUGUAAUUCCACUUCCUGCCAUCUUGGAAGAAGAAGAUCAACACCAUCAACAACUACAACAACAACAACAACAACAACAAGUUGAAAACCAACCAAUUUCACCAAGAACUGAAACCGAGGCAGAGAUUAGUAGUAACUUUACAAAUGAUAGUGGUUUAAUUAAAACUGAUUCAAGUUUAAUUAGAGUUUUUGAUCAAUUAAUUGGUCAAACUUAUAAUGACAAUGAAUAUAUUAAUAAUAAUAAUGAAGAACAAUUGGUAGUAACAUCAGAGGAUGAACAACAACUAAAUAAUAAUAAUAAUAUCAAUAAUGAAGAACAACAACAACAAAAUAAUAAUAAUAAUGAAGAACAAAAUAAUACUAAUAAUCAAAAUAAUAAUCAAAAUUUAUCAACCUCAUCACUAUCAAAAUACUUACCACCAAACAAACCAUUACCUCCACCACCACCAAGAAACUAUUCAAUUAGUUCAACUCUUACCUAUACCAAAGCAUCAGUUGGAACUAAAAUCUCAACUUCACCAUCACCCAAUGAUAUGUUGUUGACAAACAAGAUGAUGUCAUCACCACAAUCAUCAACCGCUUCACUAUCAUCUGUACCAUCGUCUCAAAGAGGAGGACAAGGAUUUUUCAUGGUUGGAUCAGUGGGUGAUUGUCGAGCUUUUAGAUGGUCAUCCACGUCCAAAAAGGUUACAGAAGUGACCAAUUUCAAAUCUAGUAGAAAUUUUAAUGAUGCAGGUGGACAGAUUGGUUGGAUGUGGGGAGGUGGUGAUGACAGACAUUGGCCUUAUGAAGCUAGUGAAUAUCCAUCCGAUCAAAGACCAGAACUCAAAGAACAACUUGUCCGUGCUAGAAAUGAUAAAUCAAGACCUCAUCUUAAAAAUCUUCAUUUUGGUUUAAUCAUGGUUAAUCCUGGUGAUAGAGUAUUUAUUGCAUCUGAUGGAGUAACAGAUAAUUUCUUGACAAUUAAUCCAGCAACACAAGGAGUUGAAGAAAACAAAAAGGCAGGUGCCAAAGAUGAAAUUGAAGCCAAUAUUACAGCCUUUUUAAAGUCACAACCCGAAGAGGUACUUGUUAGCUGUGAGUCAAUGUGCCAAGCAAUCAUUACCCAUUGUAUAGAAAAGACCCAAACCUUUAGAGGAAUACAGGAAGAGAUGAGCAGAUCACUUGUCAAAAUGAAGGAAAUAGAAAAGAGUGGUGACGUUGACAUUGGAGUCGACUCUACCUACCAACAAUGUAAAAAGAAUUAUUCAAAAUUGGCCAAUAGUGUUAGAAGUUUAAAGAUGGGUAAACCUGAUCAUUCUUCAAUUGUCAUGUAUGAAGUUUAG